GAAUGCCCCAUACUCAGUGGAUCCAAGGUGAUUUUGAGUCCUUCAUCAAUCUAUUUAUACAUCCAGAAACAGAACCAAGUCUUCAAAUCACCAAGUAGUAAUUAAAGCAAUCCAAACCUUGAAUCUGAGCAUCAAACAUUUUUCCAGAAGCUUCAAAUUUCAAAUUUUCAGACACAAGAAAUGGCUUUGGUGAGAGGUCUAUUGGGUGCAAAGAGGAUUAUAGGCCUUUCUGUAGCGGCUACAAGCAAGAAGACAGUUUCAGUGCCAAAGGGGUUUCUUGCGGUGUACGUAGGAGAAAGUCAGAAGAAGAGAUAUUUGGUGCCAGUAUCAUAUUUAAACCAACCUUCUUUUCAAGAUCUUCUUGGCAAAUCUGAGGAAGAGUUUGGAUUUAAUCAUCCAAUGGGUGGCUUAACGAUUCCUUGUCCUGAAGAUACAUUCAUUAGUGUGACUUCCCAGCUUCAAUGAUGAUGUUCCAGAAGAAAAAACUGACAUUAGUUAGCUCAAGUUAGAGACAGAGUUAUUCAAUGUAUAUAUGUUAAAUGUUUUCGUCUUUCUUUGUGAAAGAGAGUUAUUAAAGAGGUUACAAAGCUCAAAUGUGUAUGCCAUAUUUCUCUGUAAGAACAAUGGUUUCAGUUUUACAAAUGAGCAAGUUUUCUCAGAAAAAAAUAUAUCAUUCUUUCAUACAUAAUGUUCAUGUUUCCAUA